ACAUAAACACAUGAGAGCACUGCUUAUCAUCUUUUGACAUUAGAAAAUAGUCGUGGUGAGAGAGCAAAUCAUUAUGUAGGUUUAUAAUAAGCUGUGCGUGUUUUUAAGGAUGUUUUCUUUAUAUUUUUAAUAAAAGAUUAGCAAUGCUUCUAUGUCAUUAACAGUAGAAACACUUGAGAAUCCUGCAAAUAAUUUUUGUUACCUUUGAAAACACUAAUAGUCGAGAGAGCAAGGCUUGAGCUUUAGUGCAUGUGUGUCAGACUCAACAAGUCAGCUGGGUAACGCGAUCAAGAUUAAGGCAAGGGGCCGAGGAGGUGUGUCACUGUGUGUGCCGCGGUGCUCGGCCAAGAGAACGGCUUCCACUCCCUCCUCUCCUCUUCACCAUGGCCGAAAUAGAUCAUGUCAUCGCCCAAUGGAUAUCUCACUACCUUCCCUACUUGCUGACGGCGCUCCUGCUGCUGUGGGUCCUCAAAAUGAAGGGCGGCGAUCUCAGACACAGAUGGUUUGCCUUCCUCAUGCAUUACAUCAACAAGGACAUGGACCCCAAGAUUGAAGAGCUCAAGAAGGACUUUUUCUCCACCCUCAGCAACAUUACUUCCCACGACCCUGAAGUGCGGAAGAAGAAAGGAAUCAAGAUACUGGAGAUUGGCGUGGGCACUGGUGUCAACUUCCAGUACUACCCAGAAGGAAGUCACCUGGUUGUGGUGGACCCAAACCCUCACUUUGCAAAGUAUUACAAUGAAAACCGAAAGAAGUUUCCAAACAUUCACUCGGAAGAGAUUCUCAUUACCACAGGGGAGGAGAUGACAGGCGUGGCAGACAACAGCGUGGAUGUGGUGGUGGUGACGCUGGUGUUGUGUAGCGUUGGCGAUGCACACCAGAUCAUGAAGCAGGUUAUGAGGGUUCUUGUCCCGGGUGGCAAGCUUUACAUUAUGGAGCACAUCAAGGAGUUCAACCCCGACAAGCACUGGAUAAGAAGCAUCCUGCAGCAGUUUCUGUCUGUCAGCGGCAUCUGGCCCUUCCUGUUUGAUGGCUGCUGCCUCAACCGUGACUUCCAUUCUGCCCUGGACUCUGCUGGGUUCUCCAAGGUUGAGGCCGAGAGGUUUUAUGCGCCCCUCACCAAGCUACUCUUCCAGAUGAUCAAGCCUCAUUUAAAAGCCAUUGCUGUCAAGUAGAGAGUUCUGGAAAAGACGAAGCUUUAUUUAUAAGGCAGUUCAUGCAAGGAAUAUUCUUUGAGUGUUAGAAACUUGGCACUCAAAAACUUGGCUUGUCUUCAAUUUUUCAGGUUUUGUUGAUGUGUUGGUGUGUGAAAUGUAUGUGUGUGUGUACGUUGCUUUGUCCAGUUUAGGUCCUGUGAUGGAGAUGCAGUGUGAGAGAAUUUACAGGGAUUUCUAUGUCAUAUGUGUCUGGAGUUACUUGUGAGGGUAUCAAGUUUAGGUUAGGAAUGUUACAAUGCUGUCUGUGUAGUUAUAAGAAUGUAGGUAAGUAAGGAAGCUGCCAUCAGGCUGACACAUGGCAGUCCCUUGUGUGUGAGGAGAUGCUUUUCCAGAUUAGUAUUUCUUGCUAGAAGAGUUAGAAUGAAAAUUGUGUUGUUGGAAUAGGGAAUCACUUUUUCAGGUUAAAAUGAUUCUUUAGUGCUAGAAGGCUUGAAAUGAAAACUCUUCUAUUGUGUGUGUGAGCAGUUGUUUUUUUGGUUAAUGAGUCUUGUUGGAUGAGUUAGAAUGAAAAUUGUGCCAUUGUUUGAAUGUGAGAAAUUGCUUAGUUGUUUUGGUAGAGGAAUUAGAAUGAAAUUUGUGUUCUUGUAUUGGUGAGCCAUUGCAUUUGGCAGAAGAUCUGGAAUGAAAAUUGUGCUGUUGUUUGAAGAGUAAGUGAAUAGAUAAAAAAGCAUCA